AAGGACACGAGAAAGAGCUGACAAGGGUCACCAAAAGAUCUGAAGAAAUCCUCUUGGCCAGACAUUCACCAUCCAUCACAAGAGCUGAAGAAUAAGGAUAUUGUGGUGCUCGUCUGUGACCUGACACCCAUGAGACAGAAGACAUAUCAAGUCUAAUUUUCAAAGGAUUUGAUAACUGAAUCAUUUAAACCUCCCAUAAAAUGAAGGCAUUCAGCAUUGCAGUUGCAGUGACACUCGUGCUCGCCUUUAUUUGCAUUUUGGAGAGCUCUGCCGUCCCAUUCCAGGGGGUGCAAGAGCCGGAGGACACUCCAGUUGCGGCAAAUCAAGAGAUGUCAAUGGAAUCGUGGAUGAUGCCGAAUCACAUCAGGCAAAAGCGCUGGAGCCAAUUCUCUAUGUGCCGCUGGUGCUGCAACUGCUGCAGGGGCAACAAGGGCUGUGGUUACUGCUGCAAGUUCUGAGGAUUCCCGCAACAACCUCUCAGUAUUAAAGUGUUAGGCUAUUUGUCUUACACCAAGAAAUUACCUUUUCUUGACCUCUUUCAUUGCCUGUUCUAUAAACAUUUUUUCUAUCAUUUUUACAAGAGGUAUGAUUCAUGGAAGAACACUGGAAACAAAUGAAGAGCUAUUCUUUGUAUUUAUUGUGCAUGUUUGUAAUACUUUCACCCUGAAACUCUUUUUCUAAGCUCAAUGAUAUGUCUGUCCAGAUGUGAGUGUUUCUUUGUCUACAUUAAGUCUGUAAUAAAUAAUGGACUUUUGA